AAAAUUGGUUACUAAGCUGCUCUAAUCAUGAAAUGCUUAUUUGAGACUUUCUAUCAAAGCUGUUCAUUUGCUCAAGCGCAACCAAGCAGUUGUUCAAUUUAAUUACAAGCAUUUUUUUGGAUCAGCAAAGCCCCAAUUCUUAAAAACACUUUGGUGUUGGAUGGUUCUCAGAAAUAAUGCUGAGGAACAAAGCGGACUGUAACUAAUAAGGGAGCUGGCAUUGGCAUAACUUCUUCACUGUGAGUCUUCCUCUCCAAGUAUCCAUCUUUUUACUGACAAUGAGCAUAACGUGAUUCCUGAAGAGUUAAUAAACCAAAGUAGGUUUGGUUCAUGAGCUUUGUUAGUGUGUGCAUGAAGGAAAACAACUUAAAAGCAUGUGGCUAAUGGGAAUACACACAGAUGCCAAAGGCUAUUCUAUUUCUGCCUGUUUCAUGUAAUUCCUCAAAAACGUGGGAGCUGGGUCUCAUCACAGAGCUCACCUCCCAGUGCUGUGGUCAGAGGGGCAGCAUCCUUGUUCUUAGAAUGGUUCUCUCCAUAGAGGGCACGGCCCAUUCAGUGUUACAUAGGGAAUGGUCACUAGACAGUGCUUUUUGUUUCUGAGUGUAAGAGCAGCUAUGAAAGGAGUUCUUUAAUCAGUGACAAUGGCUACCAAGGGUUCCUUUGAGGAAAGAGAAACUUUCUGGAUAGAAAUUAUACUGCACUUUGAGAGGUAAACGUAGGGUUGAAAUCUCUUUCAUCAAAGGUUCAAUAACAACUGCCAUUCUACUUUGUAUAUUCCCAUUCCUAUGUAAAUAACAACAAAGUAUCACUUCCAGUCUUCCUGUUACAAUCGAGGAAGGAAGAAGGUGAAGAUGCUGAAAGGCAAAAUCUGCCUCCACCCUCAUGGGCUCAUGAGAUCCAAAACCACAGAGCAUUACUGAGCACUGAUGGAAGGCACAGGCCCAAAGUAGGAUGCUGGAUUGCAGGGAACAGCACAAUGGGGAGCUGUGGACAGGCCACAGGAACCCUAUUCUCCUGUUCUGCAUCAUGCUUACUGAACCUUACUGAGCAGAUCGUUUAUGUUAUUGGCAGUUCUGUGUGUAGCACAUCAUGCAUCACAUUGUUUUUCUGAAUCAUUUGCCUAUUUUAUGAGAGCCAAUAAGAGAACUUCAGACAGCAGAAAGGAAUUUUAUCAGAACUCAUUCACAGCACAGAUUUCUUCUGUAAGCAGAGCCACAUGGAUUUCAAGGCACAUCCUAAAUAAGAGGGCUCCCAGGCAGGCCUAAAACAUAGGCUCUUUUGGUAUCCAGCAGCCAGGAGCUGGAUGAGGGCUGCCAAGUGCCCAAAUGUGUGUGCCUGUCCCAGCUGAGGCUGGUGUAGCCCCUACAAUCCGAAUACCGUGCCCAGGCCCACAUCUGGCUGCGUAAUCAAAAGGCAAACACGGUAGCGCCCAUCUUGAAUCCCAAAUCGAAGAUGUCGCUGUCACCCGUCCCCUGCAGGCAUCGCAUCCCUGCAGAGAGAGGGCACAGAGCAGAGGCCCCAGCAGCCCCCCCUCCUGCCCUGUUGACCCGUGUGGGUGCGCUGUAUCCUCAUCCUCACCUCAUCAUUCCGACAUCUCCACUCCCUUCCUCACCCUUCAGAAAGGACAGCAAGGAUGGCAGCAGCCUCUCUCCCCACACUGCAUUCGCUCUUAUUUACAUCUCCAAACGGACUCCCGGGGAAAUCUGCCGCCUUCAGCGCGGUGCGGGCGAUGCUCACCUCGGCCUCCCCGUGGGACCCCCCGCCCGGGGUCGGGGCCGUGCGAUGCGGGCGGCCCUGCGGGGGCGGGCGGGCGUUUUCCUGCCGCGUUCUCGGACCGGCGCCGGCAGCUCUGCCCCUCGCCCGGGCGGGGGAGCCAAACGCCGGCGGUUGGCAGCGGGAGGGUUUGUUGUCACCGCCGGCUUCAUUGUGGGAGCAGCGGGCGGAGGGCUCGGAGCCGCGGGCAUCCAUCCCGCUCAGCGAGGCCCCCGAAGGCCGCCUCCGGGUUCGGAGGAUCCCCCGACGGUGUCUCCGAGGCGAUGAGCUCCGGCACCGCGUCCUACCGCUGCUCCAUGUCGUCCUCCGCCGAUCUCUCCGAGGAGGAAGACCUCAGCCAGAAGUCGGGCACGGGGUCGCCGGCGCCGGGGGACACGCUGCCCUGGAACCUGCCCAAGCACGAACGCUCCAAGCGGAAAAUCCACGGCGGUUCCGUGCUGGACCCGGCCGAGCGGGCCGUGCUGCGCAUCGCCGAUGAACGGGAUAAAGUACAAAAGAAGACCUUCACAAAAUGGAUAAAUCAACAUCUCAUGAAGGUUCGGAAACAUGUGAAUGACCUCUAUGAAGACCUAAGAGAUGGACAUAACUUGAUCUCACUUUUAGAAGUCCUUUCUGGAGACACCCUGCCAAGAGAGCGAGAUUUUUUGAAGACCUUACGGUUGGUGAGUUCAACAGAAGCAUGCGCGUAUGAACAGCAUGAGGAUGUGGAGGAUGAGGAUAAGGGGCCCCGAGAAAAAGGUCGGAUGCGCUUUCACAGACUCCAGAACGUCCAAAUUGCACUUGACUAUUUGAAGAAGCGCCAGGUGAAACUGGUUAACAUUAGGAAUGAUGACAUAACAGAUGGGAAUCCCAAGUUGACUUUGGGGUUGAUAUGGACCAUAAUUUUGCACUUUCAGAUAUCUGAUAUCCAUGUUACUGGAGAGUCAGAGGACAUGUCUGCUAAAGAGAGAUUGCUCCUGUGGUCACAGCAGACAACUGAGGGUUAUGCUGGAAUCCGUUGUGAAAAUUUCACUACCUGCUGGCGUGAUGGAAGAUUAUUUAAUGCCAUCAUUCAUAAAUACAGGCCGGACCUGAUAGACAUGAAUACCGUUGCUGUUCAAAGCAACCUUGCAAAUUUAGAACACGCUUUUUUUGUAGCAGAAAAACUUGGUGUUGCCAGACUUCUGGAUCCUGAAGAUGUUGAUGUUUCCUCACCUGAUGAGAAAUCAGUAAUAACUUAUGUGUCAUCACUUUAUGAUGCAUUUCCCAAAGUACCAGAAGGUGGUGAAGGCAUCAGUGCAAAUGAUGUAGAAGUCAAAUGGGUUGAAUAUCAGAAUAUGGUGAACUACCUCAUGCAGUGGAUCAGGCACCAUGUCACAAUAAUGUCUGACAGAACAUUUCCCAACAAUCCUGUGGAGCUGAAGGCACUUUAUAAUCAAUAUUUGCAGUUUAAAGAAACAGAAAUUCCACCUAAGGAGACAGAUAAAUUAAAAAUUAAACGUCUAUAUAAACUGCUGGAGGUCUGGAUAGAAUUUGGACGCAUCAGACUUCCUCAAGGCUAUCAUCCAAAUGACAUAGAGAAAGAAUGGGGAAAACUUAUUAUUGCCAUGCUGGAAAGAGAGAAGAUUCUUCGGCCUGAAGUGGAGAGGUUGGAAAUGCUGCAGCAGAUUGCAAACAGAAUUCAGCGGGACAGCCGAAGCUGUGAGGACAAACUGAUACUUGCUCGGAAUGCUCUGCAGGCUGACACCAAACGACUGGAGUCGGGGCUUCAGUUUCAACACGAAGCAGAAAUAGCUGGGUAUCUUCUUGAAUCUGAGAACCUUCUCCGCCAGCAAGUGAUUGAUGCCCAAAUUCUUAUUGAUGGAAAGUACUAUCAGGCAGACCAGCUUGUACAGAGGGUUGCAAAACUUCGUGAUGAACUGAUGGCCAUACGAACCGAAUGUUCUUCUUUGUACAGCAAGGGACAUGUGCUGACAACAGAACAGACAAAGCUGAUGAUAUCAGGAAUAACUGAAAGCUUAAACUCAGGAUUUACAACAAACCUAACUCCUGAAUUAAGUGCUGCAAUGACUCAAGGUUUAACACCUAGUUUGACUUCUUCCAGUUUGACAUCUGGCCUCUCAUCAGGUCUUACUUCCAGGUUGACACCAGCCAUGACUCCUGCUUACACACCAGGCAUCCCACCACGGCUAAUUCAGAGCUAUGUAACAGGAGUAGAUGGUGGAACUCUGCAAACACUCAAACUUAUGCAAAUCAGAAAACCUCUUAUGAAAUCAGCUUUUGUGGACCAGAAUUUAACAGAAGAAGAAGUGAACAUGAAAUUUGUCCAGGACCUAUUGAACUGGGUGGAAGAAAUGCAGGUGCAACUUGAUCGAGUGGAAUGGGGUUCAGAUUUACCAAGUGUUGAAAGCCAUUUAGAAAAUCACAAAAAUGUUCACAAAGCUAUUGAAGAAUUUGAAUCCAGCCUUAAAGAAGCAAAAAUCAGUGAGAUCCAAAUGACUGCCCCUCUGAAACUCAGUUAUGCGGAAAAAUUGCACAAACUGGAAAGUCAGUAUUCAAAACUCUUGAAUACAUCAAGAAAUCAGGAAAGGCAUCUAGAUACUCUUUACGAUUUUGUGUCUCGUGCUACUAGAGAGCUGAUAUGGCUGAAUGAAAAAGAAGAAGAGGAGGUUGCAUAUGAUUGGAGUGAAAGGAACCCCAAUAUAACAAGAAAAAAGGAAUACCAUGCAGAAUUAAUGAGAGAACUUGAUCAAAAAGAAGAAGUUAUUAAAUCCGUACAAGAAAUAGCUGAACAGUUGCUUCUUGAAAAUCACCCAGCCAGGCUAACCAUUGAGGCCUACAGAGCUGCUAUGCAGACACAGUGGAGCUGGAUUCUUCAGCUCUGUCACUGUGUUGAACAACAUUUGAGAGAAAAUGCUGCAUAUUUUGAGUUUUUCAGUGAUGCCAAAGAGGCCAUGGAGUAUUUAAAGAAUCUGAAAGAUGCCAUAUACCGAAAAUACAGUUGUGACAGAUCAAGUAGCCUUCAUAGGCUGGAAGACCUUGUCCAGGAGUCUAUGGAAGAAAAGGAGCAACUCCUGCAGUAUAAGAGCACAGUAGCAGGCCUUGUGGGUAGAGCAAAGGCAAUAAUUCAGCUGAAGCCAAGGAACCCUGACUGUAUACUGAAAACAUCCAUCCCAAUUAAAGCCAUCUGUGACUACAGACAAAUUGAGAUAACAAUUUACAAGGAUGAUGAGUGUGUUUUAGCAAACAACUCCCAUCGUGCUAAAUGGAAAGUCAUUAGCCCAAGUGGUAAUGAGGCCAUGGUUCCAUCUGUAUGCUUUACAGUUCCUCCACCGAACAAGGAAGCAAUAGAUACAGCCAACAGGAUUGAACAGCAGUUUCAGAACGUUUUGGCCCUUUGGCAUGAGUCACAUGUAAACAUGAAGAGUGUGGUUUCCUGGCAUUACCUAACAAAUGAAAUUGAAGCUGUUCGAGCUGGCAAUGUUGCCUCGAUAAAAACAAUGCUACCAGGUGAACAUCAGCAGGUUCUAAGCAACUUGCAGUCCCGCUUUGAUGAUUUUGUGGAAGAUAGCCAGGAGUCCAAAAUCUUUACAAGCUCUGAUACUGCACAGCUGGAAAGGGAAGUUAGUAUUUGCAAGCAAUACUAUCAAGAGCUUCUGAAGUCUGCAGAGAGAGAGGAGCACGAAGAAUCUAUUUACAACCUGUACAUCUCCGAAGUCAGAAAUAUCAGACUUCGGCUGGAGAGUUGUGAGGAACGGUUAAUCCGACAGAUCCGGACCCCAAUGGAAAGAGAUGAUCUACAUGAAAGUGUCUUUAGGAUUUCAGAGCAAGAGAAACUGAAGAAGGAGCUGGAUCGACUGAAGGAUGACUUGGGAGUCACCACAGAGAAAUGCGAAGAGUUUUUCAGUCAGGCUGCUGGUUCACCUUCAGUUCCUACUCUGCGCUCUGAACUCGGCGUUGUUAUUCAGAAUAUGAACCAAGUUUAUUCCAUGUCUUCCAUUUACAUAGAUAAAUUAAAAACUGUAAAUUUGGUGCUGAAGAAUACUCAAGGUGCAGAAUCACUAGUAAAACUUUAUGAAACUAAGUUAUGUGAAGAAGAGGCAGUGACAGCUGACAAAACCAAUAUUGAAAAUCUUAUGGGUACAUUAAAGCAAUGGAGAUCUGAAGUAGAUGAGAAAAGAGAAGUAUUCCAUGCCUUAGAGGAUGAGCUGCAGAAGGCAAAGAUGAUCAGCGAUCAGAUGUUUAAAAUGCACAAGGAACGUGAUCUCGACUUUGACUGGCAUAAAGAAAAAGUUGAUCAGUUAGCAGAGAGGUGGCAAAAUAUUCAUUCUCAGAUUGAAAACAGGUUACGUGACUUAGAAGGUAUUAAUAAAUCUCUGAAGUACUACAAAGAUACUUACAAUUCAUUGGACACUUGGAUUCAACAAGUAGAAGAUACUCAGCGGAAGAUGCAAGAAAUCUGCCCUGAAAAUAGCAAAGCAUUGGCUAAACAGCUGAACCAACAAAAGGUGCUGGUUUCUGAGAUUGAAAUGAAACAAAGCAAAAUAGACGAAUGCCAGAAAUAUGCAGAACAGUACUCAGCUGCUGUGAAGGACUAUGAGUUGCAGACUAUGACUUAUAGAGCUAUGGUUGAUUCCCAGCAAAAAUCUCCAGUGAAACGACGAAGAAUGCAAAGCUCAUCAGACUUCAUUAUUCAAGAGUUCAUGGAUUUACGAACUCGCUAUACUGCCUUAGUGACUUUGAUGACACAGUACAUCAAGUUUGCAGGUGACUCUCUGAAGAGACUGGAAGAGGAAGAGAUUUUAAGGAGUAAGGAGGCAUCUGUGCGUGAGGCAUAUUCAGAUCUAAUGGCACAGAAAAAUAGUACAACUGAUGAGAACAAAAAACUCAUGGGAAAGGUAAAAGCACUUGAGGAGAUGCUGGAGAAUGUGAAGAAACAAAAAAUCCAACUGGAACAUGAGCUCCCUAAACUGAGGGAAGCUGCAGAAAAUGAACGGAAGAAGCAGCAAAAGGAUAUGCAAGAGAUCUCUCUUCAAAAGACCAGGGCUGAGCAAGAAGCAAAACAGUAUCGUAUGGAUCUAGAGAACAUUGAGAAAGAAAAAGCAGAUGCAAAGCAGGAGUUGGAGCAUGUAAGGCAGCUCAUUUUUCAGGCAGAAACACAAAGAAGUAUAAUGGAAGAAAACCUCCGAGCUUUUCGAAAUCAAAUAGAGGAAAGCACCUUAACCAGAAGAAACCUUGAAGAACAUCUAAGAAGAAAAGAUACAAAUCUGCAUGAUUUAGAGCAGCAAAAAAGAAACCUCAUGCAGGAGCUGAAGAAAAAGACAGAAGGAGAAGAGAAACUUAUGAAACUAAUAAAGCAAAUGGAGAAAGAUCUUGAGUUUAAAGGGAAUCUAUCAGAAAUAAAGCUGCAAGAAAAAGAGAAGACUGAAACCAGCAGGAAAGUUUUUGAAGGCAGGUACACUGUGACCAGAGAAACUUCCCUGCCAAAUUACACAGCUGGGCAAGGCAGCCAGUGUAGGAUUGAUUCUGAAAUUGCAAGUUUCCAGAAGAAACAAGAAGCGAAAAAAGUAGAAGAGCUUAAGCAGAAGGUGGAUGAGCUAAUCCUUGCUAACAAAAAAGCUGAUAAAACCAUUAAAGACCUCAAAUAUGAACUAAAUGAAAUCGAGCUUCAGAAAUCAUCUACAGAAGAAAUGUCCCGUUUGUUAAAAGAGAAAUUAGAUGAAGCCAAUAGUGAACUUAAAUGCCUAAAAAUCAAAUUGGAAGAAAAAGACCAAGUAGAGCAGAGCUAUCUGCAACAGUUAAAAGAACUUGACAGGCAACUACGUAGAACCACAAGUAAAGCUGAAGAGGUGAUGCAAGAAGCUAUAGAUCUUAAGCAAAUUAAGAUGAACUAUCAGGAAGAACUAAAAUCUGUUCAACAGGAAAAGAUGCAGCUAAAAAGAGAAGUAGAGGAAUUAACUAGAUCACAGGCAAAAACUGAAAUCACUAUCACACAAUUAAAUUCACAGAUCAGCUCUCUUCAAAAAGAGACACUGGCAGCUGAACACAGAAUGCAGUCAUGCAGAGGAGAAGCAAAUUACCUUCAAGACCAGUAUAAGAAAAUUCAGGAACAAUUACUUCAUAAAACAAAAAGAGAAGAAGAAUACCUGCAGGAAAUUCAGAUACUGAAGAAUGAAUUAACCAAAAGCAAUCAGAUAUCAGAAACACUAAAACGAAAGAUAGAGGAUCUUAAUAAAUGGAAUACUGAAACAAAACUGCAGAUGAAGCAAAUUCAAUCUGAGUCAGAGAAGGUGACUUUGGAAAAACAAAGUAUUCAAAGGAAAAAUGAUGCAUUAAAAACCCUAGCAGAUGGUUUCAAAGAGCAACUGCGUACAACAAAUGAGCAACUGCACAAGCAAACAAUAAUGGAGCAAGAAUUCAUAUCUAAAAUCAAAAGCCUGGAGGAUGAUCUUGCUAAAACAAAAGACUUAGUUAGUGAAUAUAAACAAAAAUAUGAUAAACAAAAUGCUUCUGCCCUAACCACUGACCUGGAGAUUAAAAAUCUAAAUGCCCAGAUGUGUGCUCUAACUACAGAAAAGAGAGUGAACGAGCAGAAAAUACAGCUGCAAGAAGUUCAUAUACAAGAGCUAAGUAGUAAAUUAAAAAAAUUACAGGAUGAACUGCAUCAAAAGACUCUGGAUGAACAAAUGGCACGCAAGAAAAUGAUUCUGUUUCAGGAAGAAUCAAUCAAAUUUAAACACUCUGCAGAGGAAUUUAGGAAAAAAGUGGAAAAAUUGCUGGAAUCUCAUAGCAUCACAGAAAAGGACAUUUCUGGCAUAAAGUUAGAGUGUGUUGCUCUUCAACAAGAAAAACAUUUGGCUGAGGAAAGCAUCAUGCUGUACAAGAGACAGAUUGAAGAUCUUCAAGAAAGGCUUAAAAAGUGUCAAGAACAACUACAGCAAGGAAAGCAUGCUGAAAUGGACUAUCAUGAGAAGUGCAGGAAACUUGAGGAAGAGUUGGAAGUGCAGAAACGCAUGGUUGAGGAUGUGAAACAGAAGAUGGACCUGCAGGUCAAGGAAAGUGAGCAUAGGUUUCUUUUAUUUCAAAAUGAAGUUCAACAGGAUAAUAAAAUCAAAGACAGUGGAUUUAGAUUGAGCUGUGAGAGAAGAGGAAAUGAAUUGAAUUACCUGAAUGACACCUCAUCUAGAGAAUUUGAACAGCAUCCUUCACGUGUAAAACCUUGUUCACCUUUGUUAAGGCAGAAACAGGAGAGGACUGGUUUUAAAUCUGAUCAAAUAGAAGAAAAUACACUGUAUCUGAGUGCUGAUGACACAAUACCAAGGGAGGUGCAGUUCCAGAUGUCAAGAAUAAAUCAAUCACUAGAAGAUGCAAGAGCACAGUCUUUUACAGAGUUUGUUUCUCAAACAAGUACAGAGUUUCAGAUAACCUUUGAUAAAUCAAGUGAAACCACUGGAAUAUCUGAAAGAGACAAACUGAGAAACAGGAACCUACACACUUCCAGACGUGGAGAAGACAUGAAACUUGAAUUAGGAUUAGUAAAAGUGCAUCCCUUGGAGAGGUCAAUGGAAGAAGAGAAAAAAGAACAUGUUGAGAAGGCUGGGGAUUUACUGAAAUGGGUGUCAAACCUCAGCAAGACACUCAGCAAAGAAGGAGGAGAAAAGGCUGAAAAGACAGAUUUGCCUAAGCAGCAGAUUUCCCUUGAAGAAAUGUCAGCUAAAAAAGAACAAAUAGCUGAGGCUCUGCAGACUACUCAGGCAUUUUUAGCUAAACACAGUGACAAAAUGACAGAUGAAGAGAGAGGUGAAAUGGAAAAGCAAGUCAAAUCCCUCCAGGAGAGCUACAGUUUGUUAUCCAAUGAAGCUUUGAAGCAGCUGCAAGAAGCACAGUAUUUGGAUGAUGAAAAGAUGGAAGAAAAGGUGCAUAAAGUCAUUGCUGGUGUCAUUGACCAAACAACUGGAGAAGUCCAUUCCAUUUUUCAGUCUAUUCUAAAAGGUUUUAUAGACUAUGACACUGGAGUUAGGUUGCUCGAGAAUCAGCUGAUUGUUACUGGAAUAAUUUCUCCAGAAUUAGGAAUAUGUUAUGAUUUGGAAGAAGCUAAAACUUGUGCCCUAAUUGAUGAGCAGACUCUAUUGCAGUUGCAGGAAUUAAAUAGCGCAAAGAAGCUCAUUUCAGAGUCAACAUUAUCAAAUCUUCCAGUUGUAUCAGCAUUAGAACAAGGUCUAAUUUCAGAACCUUUGGCUAUUAAAAUUCUUGAGAAUCAGCUUUCAAGUGGGCACUUGAUUUUGCCAUCUACUGGAGAGCACCUGACUUUACAGAAUGCUUUCCAGAGAAACCUGGUUUCUCCAGUCUUAUAUGCAAAGCUUCUGGAGAGGCAAGACACUUGUAAAGAUCUCAUAGACCCUAACUGUGCUGAAAAGAUUUCCCUUGAACAGAUGCUUCAUAGAAGCAUAAUACAUGAUGAAACAGGGUUAAGACUCCUACCAGUGAAACCACAAGAAAAAGGUAGAAUCAUACUCAAAUGUGGAAGGAAAAUAAAUAUUUUGAGGGCAGCCCAUGAGGGACUCAUUGACAGGGAAACAAUGUUUAGGCUGCUGGGGGCUCAGAUAAUAUCUGGAGGUAUAAUUGACCCUGAGUCAGGGAAGCGAAUGACUGUGGAAGAGGCCGUUAGUCAAGGGAUAAUAGGUCAGGACACUGCUUGUGGGAUAUUCACACAUCAAGUUCAAACUGGUGGAAUUCUUUGCCCAAAUUCUGGGCAACGCUUGACUGUUGACGAAGCCAUACAAUGCAAUUUAAUAUCAUCUACCAGUGCACUGCUGGUAUUAGAAGCACAGAGAGGCUUUGUUGGACUAAUAUGGCCUAACACAGGUGAAAUAUUCCCCAUAUCAACAUCUUUGCACCAAGAAAUGAUAACAAAUGAGCUGGCAUUCAAAAUACUGAGUGACAGGCAGAAAAUAGCUGCACUUUACAUUCCAGAAACUUGUGAAGUACUCAGUCUAGACGAGGCUGCACAGUCAGGGUUAAUAGACAUCAAUACUGUAUCUGUUUUGAACAGUGUGACUUUACCAGAUAAAAUGCCCAGUGUAGAAGAAUUAGAAUCCCCUUGUAGAAAUGCUGCAAAAUGGUUAUCAUCAUAUGAAGUCCUGCCAUCUUUAUUUCAUGACUGUGAAGAGGAACAUGAAGAUUCUGGCACAGAAGAUCCUGCAUGCCGUAAUUCAGACCAAGCUAAGAAAUUGUUCAUAUCAUACCUGAUGGUUAAUAGUUAUAUGGAUGCAAACACUGGAGGAAGACUUCUGUUAUAUGAUGGACAAUUGCAGGAAGCUAUCAAUAUGUUUCUGGAAGGUGAUAGUUCUGCAUACAGUACUGAUGUGUCAGAAAUGGCUUUCAGCAACAAAUACAUAAGUCCGAAAGGAGUUAAUCUAAAGUCAGCUGGCGAUGUCCACUUCAGUAAUAUGACAAGCAGUGUUCAAGGUGGUGUUUCAGGUGUUGAAAAUACCUCUGAUGACAAGAAAUUAGUUCAGUUUGAAGAUUUGGGGAAUUAUACAUGUUCACAGAGAAAAGAUAUGUGUAGAUCAGAUGUUUGCGAUGGUAGUGAUACUGAACAAUCACAGUUUACACCGGAGAUGCUGCUAAGUAAACCUGCAGAACUUAAAAAUGUAGAAAGCAACACUCAAAAUUUCAGGAACAGAAAUGCACUUGAGAGUCUUCUAGAGGAUUCUGAGUGGACACCAUUAGAGCCGUGUAAGUGUAAUGACCUGGAAGCAAAUUCAGGAAGCACUGAAGGAGUUCUUCCAAAUGACUCAAAUCCAAAUCUUAUGUCAGACACAGAGAAAAAAGAGACUGUUAUAACAGAUAAUCUGGGUAAGGAAAACAGGAAUGAUAAAACCUCAUACAAUUCCUUGAGUGUGGAUGACUUGUCAGAUAAUGAAAUCUGGAGAGACCUGGAAAAGACCUGCAUGAAAUACAAACCUCAGAUAUUGCAAGCUGACAGUUGUAGAACAGCACUGGGUAAUGUUGAGAAAGAUGACUUUCAGGGAGGUUUUGGUUCAUCCUUCAACACAGAUACUGAAUACAAAAUUCCAGAAGAAUCAGAUAGUCAGUGUGGUGACACACUACAGUUUGAAGGUAAUGGAUAUAGUGAACAACCUCUGCUGGGCUACACUGAUGUACAUAACAGGCCAUCUCUAGAGAGCUGUCCGUACAGACCUGGCAGGCAGUCUUUGGAUGGUACUACUGGUUUCCAGAGUAAGCUAUGUCUGGAAGACAGUAGAGAAAUACAGUGGAGGCCUUUGUUGGAGGCCAGUACUUUUACACAUGAUGGACCACCUGAGGGGGUCAGUGACAGCACAGCACAAGGCUUAUCAAUAGAAGAAAACAAUCUUGUGUUUCAGAAGUUAUUACUAGGGGACAGUAGUUCUGACUCAUCAAUAGAAGGGAGUGAUAUUAUCCCACAGUUUGAAAGUAGCUGCUCACAGCAUGAAUGUGGAGAGGCAGACUCAGAAGAGGAUAGCUCGCAGUUUGAUGAUGAUGAUGAUGAUGCCUAUGAAACUCCUCAGGCUGAUGACAAUGACAGUGAUGUCUAUGGUACUCCACAAUUUGAUUACAGUGAUUUCUAUGGCAUCCCUCAAGAUGAUGAUGAUUUUGGUACGUUACAGGUGGAGGAUGAUGAUACACCAGAGCCAGAGAAUGUUCGGUUAGGUUUUCUAGAGGAGAGAGGUGGUCUGAUAGCUCUGAGAGAAGAGAACAGCUUUUAUCAAGAACUUCCAACUAAUGCCGAAGAGAACAUCAGUUAUGUUAGAGACGUAAAUCAGGCAGCCCUAGCUGGGGGUGUUAAUAUAGCUUCUCCAAGUGCUCAAACUUUGGAAACAGUGCCUGAAGAGGAAAGGGAAAGAACAAGGGACUUUGAAGAGGAACAAAAAUUACCAGUUACUCUGGGCAAUGAAGGAAGAAGGGAGGGAUGCUCUACUUCUUUACUGAAGAGGUCUGAAAGAAAAACACAGCAAGACAGAAAUGAAGAAAAUGAAAUGAAAGCAGAAAGUGACCACUAUGAGUAUGAAUUGGAAGGAACACAGGAAGAGGAAGACUAUGAUUAUGACUAUCUGGAUUAUGAUAGUUAUGAUGACUCUGAUACUGAGUCUGACAGUGAAGAAGAAAUGGAUACUUCUUACUCACACCAUCUGUGUAAAAACGAGGAUGAUCAGAUGUUAAAUUCAGUAGGGAAUGUAGAAAAUAGUGAGGAAAAUAAUCAGAAUGUUGAUGACUCUUGCAAUUCUUUAGGCCAAAAGACAGAGUGUAAUUUGCAUUUCCUGUCUAAUCAUGGAGAUGGACAACAAUCUUUAGGAAAAUGUGAAACUGCAUCAGAUAUCUCUGAGGAAAGAUGUGUUGAUCUUCCAUGUACAGGCAAAAAAGAAAUGGAACAAAAACCAGAAAAUGACUACAGAACUUUUACCACAAGUGAAAAUGUGUCAGAAGAUACUACUGGGCAGUCUGAAAAUACCUUUGGCACCGAAUGUAUAUCCUGUAAGAGUGAAAAAAAUAAUAAAACACACCUUCUUGAUGAUACUGUGAUAUCUGACGUUAGUGUAACUCCCUUCCUAAUUACAAAGCAAGCUACUGGUGAUGAUGAUGGAAAUGCUGAGACCGAUUUGCUUCUAUCAGAACACUUUACUCACAGCAUGAACAGAAGCUGUAGUACCAUGCCAACAUUACAUUUAGAUCAUUGGCAAAAACAAAAAGAAGCAUUAUUUGGACCAACUAUAUAUAUGGACCAACUAAAGGCAAGUUCAUCCCAAAAAGACAGUAAACUCCUCACGGAUAUGCAUUAUGCCAGUGAUGGUGCUAAUUCACUUUGUGGCCAAGUACAUCCAGUUACUGACAAGAAGCGUGGUCAAAUAAAAAUAGAUACUGAAAUUUUAGCAGAAAAUGGAGUAAAUGAUAUAAAGGAAUGUAGUUUGGUGGAGCUAAAUGAAAGUCCUAUUCAUAUGGAAAGUCUGGGGGAAAUAUUUGAUGCAUCAACAAUUAAAGCUGAUACAGAAACUGUUUCAAAUAAUGAAAAAGUAAAUAUUGGUCAGUCUUGGCCUGACAUUGGAAAAGGUGUGAUAUCAGCUGAAUUUAGGAGAGAUUUUAAUAUUUCAUCUUCUCCAGAACAAUGUACAACAAGCUUAAAAGGAGAAAACAAUUCAGAAUUGGAUAAAACGGAAUCCUGUUGCCUUAAAGACAUAGAACAAGUGAAAAAUAUUAUACAGAAUGAAAAAGAUUUUCUGCUCAAUAUGGAAGAAGUACAUUCGAGUGAACUUAACGCAUACUCCUUCCCCCCAGCUGUUUCAGUGAAGCCAAAGGAAAUUAGCACGGCUAAGGAGACAUUUGUCUGUCAGAGUGCUAACAAUAUUCUUAAAGACGUUUCAGAAGAUAAGAACAGCAAUGAUAAUGAAUUUGCCCUCAUAAGAGCAGGUGCCUUGGGAAGCACUGAGGAUGCAAAAGAAUCAGGAGAUAAGACUGAAACGCUGCCUUCUAGCAAUCAUAUGCAUUCCACUGAUCUCUCUUCUGCAAUUUUGAGCAGCACAGAGACUGACUGGAAUAAUGUUGCCCAGAAAGAAUUGGAAGCAUUGAAAAACACAAAGGGAGAAAAGUUCAUGGCCAGCGAGACUUCUUCCUUUGAAAAUGGUUUCAAAAAACAAUUAUGCAUGGAAUCAUUACAAAAUGAAAUGGGACCUUCCAAAGAUUUUCAAGUAAAUAAAGGUUUUUCACAGUCACCAGAAAUGCCUGACACACUAAUAGAAGACCUAAAGAAUAUAUUAGAAAGGAAAUUAAAACUGGGGCAUACUUACUGCAAGCAGGAAGGUGAACCUCUAAGUUACUCUGAUACCAAAAUUCUAAUGCAGAAUUUACUUAGAAUGGUUGGAAGCAGCCAGCUUGGAAGCAACAUGUCCAGUGAGUCACAACUGAAUCAAACAAGCAGUACUGUUAGACAGGCACUAAUGAAUACCACACCACGCAAAGACACAAAGGACAGUGAUGCACUUUCAUUGCCUUGGCCUGAUUGCAGAAGUCCCGAUCUUCUUCGUGAUAUUCUGAAGCAGGAAUUCUGUAACCAAAAGAUGAAUGAUCCAGAUGAAAUGAGGAGUGAAAUAGGACAAGAGGUGAAAACUCCCACUGCAAACCUUAUGGCUUCUGAACUUUCUGAAAUUAUUAAAAUGUUGUCAUAUUCAUCUGGAGAUGAAAGUAAGAGGAAAUUAGAGGAGCUGAUAAGUAGUUUGCAUACGAGCUUGCAGAGUGCUGGCAUCACCACCACACACGAAGGUAAAGGCAAAGUAGGUGGGCUUUGUGCUCUUUUCUCAACAGAACAGUCAGAAUUUGGAACAGAAAUUCCUAGAGAGAAAGUAUCAGUAGAUGACACAGCUGAUGCUUGGAAAAGUGACCAGGAGCAUGAUAAGACAGACAACCUUUUCAGAAGCUUUACUGGGCCUGCUUACACAACAGAAACACUCCUGGAUGACAGCUCCACUAGCAAGGUUGAUGGAGAAAAGGAAUGUUUAAAGUUAAGAGAGAAAAUACAAGAGCAUUUGGCAGUGCUUCAAGAGGUGAAAAAACACCAAGAAAACCAGAAACCUAUUAGUAGCAACCUGGAAAUACUAAAAGAACAAUUAGAAGAACUAGAGUCAUUUGAAUCAGGAUUGGCUACCUUUGCAAUUAUCCUUAAAAAAGACAUGAAAUUGAUAGAAGAGUUCUUAAAGCUUCAUCACAAAGAUACUCCUGAAGAGAAACUUAAGGAGCUGAAGAUAAGCUAUGACUACUUGCAGGAAACAUUUUUGAUGGUCUGUGAUACAUCUUCAAAACGAGCAAAACAAAUAGUCUGUUCUAUUGACUCAGAAAUGUCUAAGCUUGCAGAAAUGCACCAACAACUUCUAAGCAAACUCCAGACGUUUUCAGACUGGAUCACAGAACACGAUAAAAUCACAAGUGACUUCAAAGUGAAUACUGAUGACAUAGAAGAUAUGAAGCAAAGUUUACAGCUACUCAAGAACACUGCUGCAGAGGUUGCUCGUACAAAAAUGCAACUGGAGUCUACAGCAUUUGACGUUCAAUUCUUCAUUUCUGAACAUGCCCAGGAUCUUUCUCCCAAUCAGAGCAAACAGCUUCUGAGGCUCUUAAAUACCAUUCAGAAAUCUUUUCAGGAAGUGCAGGAAACUGUAACAUCUCAAGUGGAGAGUUUAGAGACUCAGUUACAGGCAGCGCAAGAGCUGGGUGAUCAGAAGGAUGUGGCUGAACGGCAGCAAGAAUGCAAAGAGAAACUGCAGGAAAUAUGUGAUAUGCUUACACAGACUGAAAAUCGACUCAUUGGGCAGCAAGAGUCUCUUGUUAUUGGAGACAGCAAGGCUAAGCUAGAACAAUACCAGACCAAACAGGAGGAGAUACAAAAAGACAUGAGAACAAGUGCUCAGACGUUGGCAGAGAUUGUGAAAAAUACUGAAAACUUCUUAAAGGAAAAUGGAGGCAAGUUGUCACAAGAGGACAAGGCUGUUCUUGAACAGAAACUGAAUGAAGCGAAGACCAAGUGUUUGCUCCUUAGCCAAAAGGCAGAAGAAUCUAAAAAAGAACUGGAUAAAGCUAUGACAACAGCAAUUAAGCAGGAAACAGAAAAGGUCGCAGCCAUAGAGCAGCUGGAAGAAAGUAAAAAUACAAUAGAAAACCUCUUGGACUGGUUAUCGAAUGUGGAUAAGGAAGCAGAGCAUGGCAGGAAAUUUAAACAGAAAAUAGAACAGAAUGGAACACACUUUGAAGAGGGAGAUGUGAAGGCUUUGGAAGGAGAGGAGGAGGAUGAUGUCAAUGGUAAUCUGCUGGAAAUUCAGCAAGACAUUGAAACUCAGGUGGAUGGACUAGUAAAAAGCACAGAAGAUAAUCUGAACCGGCAGUAUCAGAAGGUCAAGGCUCAACACGAGAAAAUUAUUUCCCAGCAGCAGGCUGUCAUAAUAGCAACUCAGUCUGCUCAGGCACUACUCGAGAAGCAAGGACACUACCUUUCUCCUGAAGAAAAAGAGAAGAUGCAGCGGAACAUGAAAGAGCUGAAGGCUCAGUAUGAGACUGCAUUAGCUGAAUCAGAACGGAAGAUGAAGAUGACUCAUUCUCUGAGAGAAGAACUUGAGAAAUUUGAUGCGGACUAUAGUGAAUUUGAAACCUGGCUGCAGCAGGCAGAACAGGAGCUUGACAACUUGGAGGCUGGUGCUUCCGACUUCAGUGGUAUAAUGAUCAAAUUGAAAAGGCAGAAGAGUUUUUCAGAAGAUGUUAUAUCUCACAAGGGUGAUUUACGGUAUAUUACAAUUUCUGGACAAAGAGUUUUGGAUGCUGCAAGGUCAUGUAGCAAGAGAGAUGGUGUUAAGGUUGACAAAGAUGGCAUUGAUACUUCGGCUACUUAUACUGAAGUGCAAAAUAAACUGGAUAGUGCUUCAGAUCGUUUUAAAUCUCUCUAUACUAAGUGUAGCAUCCUUGGAAAUAACCUUAAAGACUUGGCAGAUAAAUACCAGCAUUAUGAAGAUGCUUCAUCUGGACUUCUGUCAGGUCUUCAGGCCUCUGAAGUAGCUGUGAACAAACACCUAUCUGAGCCAAUUGCUGUGGAUCCCAAAAAUCUCCAAAGACAACUAGAAGAAACCAAGGUUCUUCAAGGACAAGUGUCUAACCACCAAAUUGCUGUAGAAAAACUUAAAAAAGCUGCUGAAGUGCUUUUGGAUUCAAGGGGGGAGUUGGCGUCAGACAAAGAGGAGAUUCAGAAAACACUGGAUGAUAUUGUGGAGAGAUAUGACAAUUUAUCCAAGUCUGUGAAUGAAAGGAAUGAGAAACUCCAAAUAACACUGACUCGAUCCCUAAGUGUGCAGGAUGGUUUGGAUGAAAUGAUGGAUUGGAUGGAAGGUGUUGAAAAGAGCCUUGAGGAACAAGAUCAAGUGCCUUUGAAUUCUGCUGCUAUUCAAGAUAUCAUUAGUAAAAGCAUUAUGCUAGAACAAGACAUUGCAGGUCGUCAAAGCAGUAUAAACACUAUGAAUGAGAAGGUGAAGAAGUUCAUGGAAACAGCAGAUCCGUCCACUGCAUCCUCACUGCAAGCCAAAAUGAGUGAACUUGCAGGACGUUUUUCUGCAGCAAGUAAGAAACAUAAAGAAAAACUUAUGAAAAUGGAGGAGCUGAAGACUAAAGUGGAGUUGUUUGAAGGUCUGUCAGAAAAACUCCAGUCAUUCCUAGAUGAGAAAAAUCAAGCUCUCAGUGAGACUGAGGCACCAAGAAAGGACGUUAGUGAAGUGUCUCAGUACAUGCAGGAGGCUAGUGUAGAAUUAGCGAAACAUAAGAAAGACCUGGAAGUUUUGCAGAACCUUCUUGAAGAACUAUCAGUACAUGCUCUUCCUGGAGAUAAAGCAUUGGUACUAGAAAAAGUAAAUGCUUUGUCAAAAAAAUUCAGAGAGGUGGAGGAGACGGUAAAGGAAAAAGAAGAGGAUGUAUCAUCUUGUCAGAAAGAAAUUGAUGCUUUUGAGCUACUUGUAGAAUCUUUAAGGAAAUGGAUAAAAGAGACGACAGAACGAAUACCUGCUGCACAACCCUCUCUGAAUACGGAAGAGUUAAAGAAGCCUUUGGAAGAUACAUUGAAUUUAAAAGAUGAAUGGACAUUAAAAGCAACUGAGCUGCAGAAAAUGAACAGCAGAGGAACAUUGUUAUGUAAUCUGAUUAGUGCUGUGACUUCUCCUGCAAAAGUGAGAUCAGUUGCAAAAUCAGGUGGCACAGUGUUGAAUGGUGAAGGAGGAGCUCCAGGAACUCAGGAUUUUCUGAAAAACAAAGAACUGACAAGUGUUCAACAAGCCAUGUCUGAUGUAAAUCAUAGUUACGAAGAUUUGGGAGUUUCACUGAAGAAAAAGAUUUCAGAGCUAGAAAGUAUGCUUUCAAAAAUGCAGAACAUUCAAGAAGAAUCAACUUCAAUGAUGCAGUGGUUACAAAAAAUGGACAAAACUGCGUCAGACUGGGAAGCUGCUCCAACUGACAGUGAAGCUGUUAAAGCCCAAGUUGAGCAACAUAAGCUCUUUGAAAAUGAAUUAAAGCAAAGUGAGAAUAAAGUGCAGGAGCUAAAGGACAAAGUGACAGAGCUAUUGGAGAAGAACCCCAGCUCUCCUGAGGCACCCAAGUGGAGACAAGUGUUGGAUAAAAUAGAUUCCAAGUGGAAAGAGCUCAAUCAAGUUACAUCUGAGAGACAACAAAAACUGGAAGAGUCUUCAAAUUACCUGACCCAGUUCCAGACAGCAGAAGCUCAGUUAAAGCACUGGCUUGUAGAAAAGGAGCUAAUGGUCAGUGUGCUGGGACCACUGUCAAUUGACCCCAAUAUGCUGAAUACUCAAAAGCAACAGGUUCAGAUUCUGCUUAAAGAGUUUGAUACCAGAAAGCCACAAUAUGAACAGCUAACUAUGGCUGGUGAGGCGAUUCUGAAGAGACCUGGUGAACAUCCCCCCUCUCAUGAAAUUGUAAAAGAGCAGCUGGCAGCUGUGGCACAAAAAUGGGAUAACCUAACUGGCCAACUCAGCAACAGAUGUGACCGAAUUGACCAAGCUAUUGUGAAAAGCACGGAGUAUCAAAGCCUACUGAGAAGUCUGUCUGAUAAGCUAAGUGCCUUGGAUAGCAAGCUGAGCAGCAGCUUGGCUGUGAGUACACAACCUGAUGCCGUGAAACAACAACUGGAGAUUGCUAAAGAAAUGAAGAAGGAAAUAGAACAAGAAAUGAAGAAUAUAAACGCAGCACAAGUUCUUUGUGAAGAGCUCUCAGCACUGGUUGGAGAAGAGUAUUUGAAAGCAGAACUUACAAGGCAGUUAGAUGGCAUCCUCAAAUCAUUUAAGGAUAUUGAGCAAAAAUCAGAUAAUCAUGUUCAGCAGCUUCAGUCAGCGUAUACCACUUCACAUCAGUUCCAGCAAACAUCUAAGGACUUUCAAACCUGGCUAGAUGGAAAGAAAGAAGAACUGAAACAGGCUCGUCCUAUAUCAGCCAAACUUGAGACUUUGCAGUCCCUAAUUGAAGAACAGAAAGAUUUUAUGAAGACCCUGAACGAUGAGAUUAGUUCAUAUGAGAAAAUUAUUGCAGAAGGAGAAAGCAUAUUGCAGAAGACUCAAGGAGCUGAUAAAGCAGCUUUACAGACUCAAAUUGCCACACUGAGAAGUAAUUGGGAUGAAAUGGAUAAGCAGGUAAAAGAAAGGCAAGGUAAAUUAACAGAUUGUCUGGAGAAAGCACUCAAAUACAAGCAGCAUGUAGAAAAUUUGCAGCCAUGGAUAGAGAAAUGCCAAAGCAACCUGUCUGAAUUAAAAGUCGGCAUAAACCCUGUUGAAAUAGAAAAUUCUGUUGCUCAAGUGAGGGCCUGGCAGAAGGACCUGGAUAAGCACCAUGGGAUAGUGGAACUACUAAAUAAUACUGCUGAAAGUUUGCUCAGUGCAAGUCAAACAGAUAAAGAAAACGUUGAAGAGGAAACUAAGGUACUGAAUGAGAAAGUGAGUAUGGUCACAGAACAAUUGCAUAAGAAGAGAGAGUGCUUGGAAAAUAUGGCUCAAAGGCUAAAAGAGUUUCAGGAAUCAUCCAAGGAAACAGAAAAGCAGCUUCAAAGUGCUAAAGAGCACCUGGAAGCUCAUGAUUCUCUUGGACCUCAGUCUUUCAGUAACAAACACCUGACAAUGAUGCAGGCCCAGCAGAAGGCUUUACAGGCUUUAAGGCCUCAUGUUGAUUUAGUAAAAAAGCUUGCUCAAGACCUGGUAGUAGAAGCUUCUGAUUCAGCAGGUGUUUCUGACCUUUUGCUUCAAGCUGAAUCUUUGGAGCAAGAAUACACUGCAGUGAACCAGCAGGUUGAUGAUAGAUGCUCGUUCUUGGAAACAAAACUUCAGGGAAUUGGUCAUUUCCAAAACAGCAUCAGGGAGAUGUUCUCUCAGUUUGCAGAGUUUGAUGAUGAACUUGAUAGCAUGGCUCCAGUGGGGAGAGAUCUUGAUGUACUGCAAUCACAGAGAGAGGAUAUAAAACAUUUCCUGAAAAAGUUGGAAGAUCUUAUAAUGAAUAAUGAAAAUGCUAAUAAAAACUGUAAAAUGAUGCUAGCCACAGAAGCUGAAGCUUCUCCUGAUCUUGUUGGUAUAAAAAGGGACUUGGAAGCAUUAAAUAAACAGUGCAACAAGCUACUAGACAGAGCAAAAGCCAGGGAAGAUCAAGUGGAAGGUACGAUUAAACGUGUUGAGGAGUUUUACAGUAAGCUAAAGGAAUUUUCCACUCUGCUUGGGAGAGCUGAAGAACAUGAAGAAUCACAAGGUCCUGUUGGAAUGGAAACAGAAACCAUUAAUCAGCAGCUGAAUACAUUCAAGGUAUUCCAGAAAGAAGAAAUUGAGCCUCUGCAAGUUAAACAACAGGAGGUGAACUGGUUGGGUCAAGGCCUUAUUCAGAGUGCUGCUAAAAGUACCAACACAGAAAGCCUUGAACAUGACCUUGAAGAUGUUAACACCCGGUGGAAAACUCUUAAUAAGAAGGUUGCCCAACGUGCCGCACAAUUGCAGGAAGCCCUCCUUCACUGCGGGAGAUUUCAGGAUGCCCUUGAAUCUCUGCUUAGUUGGCUUAUUGAUACAGAAGAACUUGUGGCUAAUCAAAAGCCACCAUCUGCUGAAUUCAAAGUUGUGAAGGCCCAAAUACAAGAGCAGAAACUUCUCCAGAGGCUGUUGGAUGACCGCAAGCCUACUGUUGAGGUAAUCAAGCGUGAAGGGGAGAAAAUUGCAGAGUCAGCAGAACCUGCUGAUAAAGUGAAAAUCUUGAAGCAGUUGAGUUUGCUGGAUAGUCGAUGGGAUGCAUUGCUCAGUAAAGCUGAAGCAAGGAACCGUCAGUUGGAAGGUAUCUCAGUGGUAGCACAGCAGUUUCAUGAAGCUCUGGAGCCACUGGUGGAGUGGCUGUCGGCCACAGAGAAGAGACUUGCAAAUGCUGAACCCAUUGGAACACAGGCUUCCAAACUGCAACAGCAGAUUUCUCAACAUAAAGCCCUAGAAGAUGAUGUCCUAGCUCACAAUAAGAGUUUGCUUCAGGCCAUUAGCAUUGGUCAGUCUCUAAAGACUAUGAGCUCCAGGGAAGAUAAAGAUAUGGUGCAGGAAAAGCUAGAUUCUUCUCAGGCCCGAUACAUUGAGAUUCAAGAGAAGAGCAACAGCAGGUCUGAACUUCUACAGCAAGCGUACUGCAAUGCUCAGAUUUUUGGGGAGGACGAAGUUGAGUUGAUGAACUGGCUGAAUGAAGUCCAUGAUAAACUGAGCAAGCUGUCAGUCCAAGAUUGCAACACAGAAUUGCUUGAGAAACAGCACUCUGAACUACUGGAGCUUCAGGAGGAGAUUCUUCUCAGGAAACAAAAUGUUGACCUGGCUAUACAAAAUGGCUUAGAGCUUCUCAAACAAACAACAGGUGACGAAGUUAUAAUAAUUCAAGAUAAACUGGAAGGCAUUAAAGUGAGAUACAAAGACAUUACAAAAUUGAGUUCUGAUGUGUCCAAGACCUUAGAGCAGGCCCUACAGCUUGCAGGUCAGCUGCACUCAACCCAUGAAGAGCUCUGCAAGUGGCUUGACAAAGUGGAAGUGGAGUUGCUGUCAUAUGAAACUCAAAUACCAAAGGGUGAAGAAUUAAGCCAAGCACAGGAAAGACAAAAAGAGUUGAAGAAAGAAGCAAAAAACAACAAAGCCUUACUGGACACUCUCAAUGAAGUUGGCAGUGCCUUCCUGGAACUGGUCCCAUGGAGGGCUAGAGAGGGACUCGACAAGAUGAUAACAGAGGACAAUGAACGAUACAGAUUAGUGACUGACACAAUCUCUCAGAAGGUGGAUGAGAUUGAUGCUGCCAUCCUGAGAUCCCAGCAGUUUGAUCAAGCAGCUGAUGCUGAACUCGCCUGGCUUGCAGAAACAGAAAAGAAACUGAUGUCUCUUGGUGAUAUUAGGCUUGAGCAAGACCAGACCACAGCUCAGCUACAAGUUCAAAAGGCUUUUACCAUGGAGAUUUUGAGGCACAAAGAUACUAUAGAUGAACUUGUUAAGUCCGGGGAUAAGAUUAUGAACACGUGCACCGAAGAAGAGAAGCAGACCAUAAAGAAAAAACUGAAAAGCCUGUUACAGAAAUAUGAUACAGUCUGUCAAAUGAACUCAGAGAGAAACCUCCAGCUGGAGCGGGCUCAGUCUCUAGUUAACCAGUUCUGGGAGACUUAUGAAGAGCUCUGGCCGUGGUUAACUGAAACAGAAAUGAUCAUCUCUCAGCUUCCUGCACCAGCCCUUGAGUACGAAACUUUAAAGCAACAACAAGAAGAACAUCGGCAACUGCGUGAGCUGAUUGCUGAGCACAAGCCUCAUAUAGAUAAGAUGAAUAAAACUGGGCCUCAGUUGCUGGAACUGAGCCCAGGAGAAGGUUUCUCUAUCCAAGAGAAAUAUGUGGCAGCUGACACCCUUUACAGUAAAAUUAAGGAAGAUGUCAAAAAGCGAGCGCUGGCACUGGAUGAAGCCAUUUCUCAGUGUACCCAGUUUCAUGACAAGAUAGAUCCAACUCUUGAGAGUUUGCAACGCAUAGUUGAACGUCUGAGGCAGCCGCCUUCAAUCUCAGCAGAAGUUGAGAAGAUUAAAGAGCAAAUUAGUGAAAAUAAGAAUGUGUCGAUGGACCUGGAAAAACUUCAGCCAGUCUAUGAGACUCUUAAGCAGCGAGGGGAGGAAAUGAUUGCUCGCUCUGAAGGAGCAGAUAAGGAUGUAUCUGCUAAAGCUGUGCAAGAUAAACUAGACCAAAUGGUCCUUAUUUGGCAAGACAUCCAGACCUUGACUGAAGAAAGGGAGGCCAAAUUGUUGGAUGUUAUGGAACUAGCUGAAAAGUUCUGGUGUGAUCAUAUGGCUCUCGUAGCUACUAUUAAAGAUACUCAGGACUUCAUUCGAGAACUAGAGGGACCUGGAGUUGACCCAUCUGUAGUCAAGCAACAGCAAGAAGCUGCUGAGGCUGCUAAAGAAGAAAUAGAUGGACUGCAAGAAGAACUAGAGAGUGUUGUGAGCCUAGGCUCUGAACUUAGAGCUGCUUGUGGAGAGCCUGAUAAACCGAUUGUCAACAAGAGUAUAGAUGAGCUGAACUCUGCCUGGGAUGCCUUAAACAAAACAUGGAAAGAGCGAGUGGAUAAGCUUGCCGAAGCUAUGCAGGCAGCUGUUCAAUACCAAGAUGGACUGCAGGCAAUAUUUGACUGGGUAGACAUUGCUGGCAUCAAGUUAGCAUCUAUGUCCCCAGUUGGAACAGAUCUGGAGACAGUGAAGCAGCAAACUGAGGAACUUAAGCAAUUUAAAACAGAAGCUUACCAGCAGCAGAUAGAAAUGGAAAGACUGAACCAUCAAGCAGAACUAUUGUUGAAGAAGGUAACACAGGAAAGUGACAAGCACACUGUUCAAGACCCUCUCUCAGAGCUCAGACUAAUGUGGGACAGCCUAGAAGAAAAAAUCAUAAAUAGACAGCACAAGCUGGAAGGUGCCUUGUUAGCCUUGGGGCAGUUCCAGCAUGCCCUGGAUGAGUUACUUACAUGGCUGACGCAUACAGAAGACUUGCUGAACGAACAGAAACCUGUGGGUGGAGACCCCAAGGCUAUUGAAAUUGAACUUGCCAAACAUCAUGUGCUGCAGAAUGAUGUUUUAGCUCAUCAGUCUACAGUAGAAGCAGUUAAGAAAGCAGGAAGUGACCUGAUUGAAUCAAGUGCUGUUGAAGAAGCAAGUAAUUUACGGAGCAAGCUGGAACUUCUGAAUCAGCGCUGGCAAAAUGUGUUGGAAAAAACAGAACAAAGGAAACAGCAGCUGGACAGUGCCUUGAUCCAGGCCCAAGGUUUCCAUGGUGAAGUUGAAGAUAUGCAGCAAUGGCUGACAGACACUGAACGUCAACUGUUGGCAUCAAAACCUGUUGGAGGCUUACCAGAAACAGCAAGAGAACAGCUUAAUACCCAUAUGGAACUUUGUGCUGCCUUUGAAGCCAAAGAAGAGACAUAUAAGUGUCUAAUGCAGAAAGGCCAGCAGAUGCUUGCAAGAUGCCCAGAGUCUGCUGAGACAAAUGUUGAGCAGGACAUAAAUAACUUAAAAGAAAAGUGGGAAUCAGUACAAACGAAGCUCGGUGAAAGAAAAACCAAACUGGAAGAAGCCCUCAAUUUAGCAAUGGAGUUCCACAACUCACUUCAAGAUUUCAUCAAUUGGCUCACGCAGGCGGAGCAAACUCUAACUGCAGCUUCUCGGCCAAGUCUUAUCUUGGACACUGUGUUGUUUCAAAUUGAUGAACACAAGGUUUUUGCCACAGAGGUGAAUUCUCAUCGAGAUCAGAUCAUAGAGCUGGACAAAACUGGUACCCAUUUGAAAUACUUCAGCCAGAAACAAGAUGUAGUCCUUAUUAAGAAUCUGCUGAUUAGUGUACAGAGUAGAUGGGAAAAAGUAGUUCAGCGCUUAGUCGAAAGGGGAAGAGCUUUGGAUGAUGCAAGGAAACGAGCCAAACAGUUCCAUGAAGCCUGGCACAAACUUAUGGAGUGGCUGGAAGAAUCAGAGAAAUCUUUGGACUCAGAUCUUGAAAUUGCGAAUGACCCUGACAAAAUAAAGAUGCAGCUUGCACAGCAUAAGGAAUUCCAGAAAUCUCUUGGUGCCAAACAUUCUGUGUAUGAUACCACAAACAGGACUGGACGCUCCUUGAAAGAGAAAACCACUUUAGCUGAUGACAAUUUGAAGCUUGAUGACAUGCUGAGUGAACUAAGGGAUAAGUGGGACACAAUUUGUGGAAAAUCAGUAGAAAGACAAAAUAAACUGGAGGAAGCCCUGUUAUUUUCAGGACAAUUUACUGAUGCUCUACAAGCUCUCAUUGAUUGGUUAUACAAAAUUGAACCUCAGCUAGCAGAAGAUCAGCCAGUGCAUGGAGACAUUGAUUUAGUGAUGAACCUGAUUGACAAUCACAAGGUUUUCCAGAAGGAGCUGGGAAAAAGAACGAGCAGUGUUCAGGCUCUGAAGCGCUCUGCCAGAGAGCUUAUAGAGGGCAGCCGGGAUGACACCUCCUGGGUCAAGGUACAGCUGCAGGAGCUGAGCAACCGCUGGGAGACAGUUUGUGCCCUGUCAGUAUCCAAGCAAACACGACUUGAACAGGCUCUCCGACAGGCAGAGGAAUUCCACUCCGUUGUUCAUGUCCUUUUGGAGUGGCUGGCAGAGGCAGAGCAGGCUCUUCGUUUCCACGGCGUCCUUCCAGAUGAUGAAGAGGCUUUGCGUACGCUGAUAGAUCAGCACAGGGAGUUCAUGAAGAAACUGGAAGAGAAAAAAGCAGAACUGAACAAAGCAACAGGUAUGGGAGAAGCUAUCCUGGCUAUCUGCCAUCCAGACUCCAUCACCACCAUUAAGCACUGGAUAACAAUUAUCAGAGCAAGGUUUGAAGAGGUGUUAGCUUGGGCCAAACAACAUCAACAGAGACUGGCAGGAGCUCUGGCUGGACUUAUUGCUAAUCAGGAAUUGCUGGAAGCCUUGCUGUCCUGGUUGCAGUGGGCAGAGACCACACUUACUGAAAAAGAUAAAGAGGUUAUCCCCCAGGAGAUUGAGGAAGUUAAAGCACUUAUAGCUGAACAUCAGACAUUCAUGGAGGAAAUGACCAGAAAACAACCUGAUGUGGAUAAAGUUACAAAGACCUAUAAGAGGAAGGCACUUGAACCCACUCCUGUACAAUCUCAUAUUCCUGUCCUUGAUAAGGGGAGAGCAGGAAGAAAGCGUUCUCCCACACCAGGCUUAUAUCCAUCAGCAGCCCAGGCACAAAUCGAAACCAAGAAUCCACGAGUAAACCUUUUAGUCAGCAAAUGGCAGCAAGUCUGGCUUCUGGCCUUGGAAAGAAGAAGAAAACUCAAUGAUGCUUUGGACAGACUUGAAGAGCUGAGAGAAUUUGCCAACUUUGAUUUUGAUAUUUGGAGGAAAAAAUAUAUGCGAUGGAUGAACCAUAAGAAGUCUCGUGUAAUGGACUUCUUCAGGAGGAUUGAUAAAGAUCAGGAUGGAAAAAUAACAAGGCAGGAGUUUAUUGAUGGAAUCCUUUCUUCAAAAUUCCCAACAAGCCGACUUGAAAUGAGUGCUGUUGCAGACAUUUUUGAUAGAGAUGGUGAUGGAUAUAUUGAUUAUUAUGAGUUUGUAGCAGCUCUUCAUCCAAACAAGGAUGCUUACAAACCUCUCACAGAUGCCGACAAAAUUGAAGAUGAGGUUACAAGACAAGUAGCUAAAUGUAAAUGUGCAAAACGGUUUCAAGUGGAACAGAUUGGGGAUAACAAGUACAGGUUCUUCCUGGGAAAUCAGUUUGGUGACUCUCAACAACUACGCCUUGUUCGUAUCCUAAGAAGUACAGUCAUGGUUCGUGUUGGAGGUGGCUGGAUGGCACUUGAUGAGUUCUUAGUGAAAAAUGAUCCUUGCAGGGUUCAUCAUCACGGGAGUAAAAUGUUACGUUCGGAAUCAAACUCUUCAAUUACCACUCAGCCUACUAUAGCUAAAGGGAGGACAAAUGUGGAGCUGCGUGAAAAGUUCAUCUUGGCAGAUGGUGCCAGUCAGAGCAUGGCAGCUUUCAGACCAAGAGGCCGUAGAUCACGACCCUCUUCAAGGGGUGCUUCUCCUAACAGAUCUACUUCUCUGUCAAGUCAGGCUGGCCAGGCAGCUGCCUCAUCACAAGCAGUUGCUACAAGUACACCAAAGACACCACAUCAUUUAACACGUAACUAUGGUAAACCUUGGUUGACAAACAGCAAAACGUCAACUCCUUCUAAGCCAACAGAAUCCUCAGACUAUCAAGGGUCAUCUGGAGAGGGAACACCUAUUCAAGGAAGUAAACUCAGACUGCCAGGAUAUCUAUCAGGGAAGGGUUUCCACUCUGGAGAAGACAGUGGCAUCCUGUCCACAGCAGCUACCAGAGUUAGAGCUCAGUUUGCAGAAACCAGGAGGACUCCCAGCAGACCUGGAAGCCGAGCAGGGAGCAAGGCUGGCAGCAGGUCGAGUAGCCGCAGAGGCAGCGAUGCAUCUGACUUUGAUAUUUCAGAAAUCCAGUCUGUAUGUUCAGAUAUGUCAGAGACUGUUCCAGCUACAAGUAGACCGACACCCCGAGCAGGUUCUCGGCCAGGAUCAGCCAAGCCUUCUAAGAUUCCAACUCCCCAGAGAAGGCCGAUAGCCAGCAAAUUGGACAGGUCCUUGAAGAGAUAAUACGAUUAGCUUCAUAAAGGUGUUUUUGUUUCUUUUCCUUUUGCGUUAAGUAUUUAAGUUCGUAAGAUGUAAAAUAUUCUGUAGAAAUCGUUGUGAAAUAUCGCAAGAGGUGGGUUUUUAAUUCUGCAGAUGGCCUUAUUUGUGUAUUUGUCUUCUUAUUUUAUGUGUAUAAUUUUUGUCAGAUUUGGUUUUGUUUAUUGCCAUAUCCUGUGAGGAGGGGGGAGAGUUUUAAUGUAAACUAACAGUUGUACACAGUAAUGUGUAGAAAGUACACUAAAAAAUAAUUACCAAAUGUACAGUGUACUGAAUGUACAGUAAAUCUCUGGAGCCUGAAGAAAAUAGACCUAUCACUAUGUCAUUAGUUAACAGUAAAGGAUACCUCAAGAUUUUUCUUUAAAAAAGGAAAAAAAAUAAAAUAAAAGAAUACUAAAAAGCCAAAAGACACAAUUGUGCAUUUUGAGCUAAUGAAACAAACACUAAAGGAUGUGUGUCAAAGCUACCGAGAAAUACAGACCCACAGUCACAGUACCCUUAUUUAUACAGCAUCUCUCAGAGAACUCACAGAGUUAAGCACUUGCCAGUGAUAUGAUACUCCAAUUCCUUGCAGCGUUUCUGUGCCAUUGCUUUCAGUGAGGCCAGACACAUUCUGGAUAUCGGAACUAUUAUUCAAUAAGAAUAUCGAUAUAAAGUGCAUUCAUGUAAAUGUGAGGUUUUCUUUUGCUUGAGUGGAUGGUAGCACUGUAUUAUUAUUGAACUCAUUUUGUAUCAAAGCAAUUUUGCUUGCAGAAGGCUCUGAAAUAAACAUGUCCCUUAACUUUA